AGUGGAGGGGGCGUUAAAUGGGGCCCGAAUUGCAUAUANGACAAUCUGUUUGUUCUGGAGGAGGACCAGAAGGUCCAUUUAGCUAUCAAUCGUUUAGGGCUCAACUCUUUGGGACCAUUUGUUCCCAAUCAACGCAUAAUUGAAUAUAUGUUGACCGAUACUCAAAUUGAUGCACUCAUUAAGAAGUCUGUUAAAGGGUUUGUGGAAUCAGUGGCCGCGCGAACUGCAGCGCCCGGCGGGGGUUCUGUGGCCGCAAAUAUUGGCGCAUUGGGCGCCGCUUUGGCCGCAAUGGUUGGCAAACUUUCGUACGGAAAGAAAGUGUUGCAACACAACGACGAAGCCAUGAGAAGACUUUUACCACCUCUUCAUUCAUCAAUCAAUGAAAUGCUGGCUUCUAUUGACGCCGACACUAAUGCUUACGAAGAUUACGUUUCGGCGCUUAAACUACCGAAGACUACACCAGAAGAAGUGGUCGCACGGGAUGAAGCGAUUAAAAAGGGUAUAAAUGGUGCCAUUUCUGUGCCUUUGAAUUUAGCCAGAAUUGUGUCCAAACUAUGGGAUGUUUGCAAAGAAUUGGCACAAAUUAUCAUUUAUGCGUCGAGAAGUGAUUUACAGGUUUCAGUUAAUUGUCUUAAAGUGGGAGUUUUGGGCGCUUAUUAUAAUGUCAUCACAAAUCUCUCCGACAUUAAAGAUGAAGAUUACAAAAAUAAGAUAUGGGAUGAAAUUGAAAGCUAUAAAACUUUAGCAGAGAAAUCGUGCGAAGAAGUGCUUAAGAUAUUGGAUGCGAGAGAACCACAAAAGUAAUAAAAGAAACAAAACUUUUUAUUUCAUAAAAUUCAAUGAAUAAAAUUCAAACUUAUAAACAAUAAUAAAAUACAAUACAUAUAAAGUAAUAUCUGAAUAAAUAUUUUUAACACAAC